GAAUGUCAUCAGACUGUCGCAGAUGGCGCUGUUAGUCACUUCAUUUCUGCUUGCAGCGUGUUUACUGUCGCUGUUGUAACUUACUGUUACUGGCAAAUUGACACCUUUUUCAGUUUUUGUGAUUUGAACAAGAUGCCGAUUAGGUCAAUGGCAUCAAAUGUGUGCAACAUGUCAAACUCGUUUGAUUGGCUAUAUCGAAAUCAAAAUGAUUAGAAGGUGUAACUAUGAACCGUUUUCCAUUAGAUGAAAGAGCAGAGGCUACGAAUCCUAGCCCGUCCCCUGCGGGAAGCCGCUGAACAGGUAAGACUGGUGAAAGGUUUUAACUCAAAACAUCACCGCAUUCUCAUAUUCAAGCUGAAGUUGCCCUGUAACUCGCAUCAUCCAGAAUAUUAAACGGUAAGUAGCCUAGCCUAUAACAUUUCCGCGUUCAAAACGAUAUUUAAGUUGAAAUGAGGUCAAAGAGACAGUUGUCGGUAACUCAUUGACAACCUCUCAAGUUAAAAAGUGAAAUCACUGCGAUAUUCAGGAUUGUUUUUUUUUAAGAAGAAAAGAAAAAAUGUAUAUAAUUCGCCGAAUAACACAGACCUUGUAUUAAUAGAUUCUAGGAUUCGAUGUGAACGGUUCCCUACUUGUGUUUAAUGUUUGAUAAGGCGCUUUCCUCACCUUUGGACGCAAGAUGUCUUUGAAAAUCAGUGACUCCACUUCACCACCUGUUCCUAAACCUCGUGCACGGUAUAAACUUAAAGUGGGUCUUCGAGGACAGACAUCCCAAGACAGUGAUUCUGUGUGGUACGAUUCAGGAGCAACAUCAACACAAGAUGUGUCCAAUGAGGCAGGGAAUGAUGACCCACUCACUGUCCCCUCCAUUGAUGUGCCUGAUGACCUGCCUGUCAGUCAGGACCAACCCCAACUUCCAGAGGACUCAGUCCAGAGCACUGGGGUAACCCCAACCUCAGUCCAGAGCACUGGGGUAACCCCAACCUCAGUCCAGAGCACUGGGGUAACCCCAACCUCAGUCCAGAGCGCUGGGGUAACCCCAACCUCAGUCCAGAGCGCUGGGGUUACCCCAACCUCACCAACAUGUUCACCCUCGCCUGCACUCAGUCCUCUCAGGGCUGCUGAGCCUGAACCUAUGGCAGUGUCGGACUCCUCCAAUGACGAGGAGAUUCCGAAGACCCCAGACUCCCUGAAAUCAGACGAGGAGCUCAUCAGUAGGGAUGCAGGAGAGCCCAACGCCUCCCCUGACCCAGACAGAUCUGAUGGCAGGUUUAUCUUUGGGAUGACCGCACAGGCAAGCUUGAAGCAAGCAGAAACUCAAAUACAAGCCCAGCUUCAGAAACAGAAAAUACCACGGGCGGCCACUAUUCGGGUGAGCAGAAAAAAGCAAGGCCCUGCUGGGUUAGCAAGAGGAGCCCAUCCAACAGAGACCCGACUCACAGGGGGCGCGGUGUCUCGGUCCAGCUGGCUGGACGUGUGGAAGGGACGAAAGCAUACUGUGGUAUGGGCAACUCUGGAUGGACAGGUUAUGUCAUUGUGGAAAAAACGCACUGAUAAGUUUACAGAGUAUGUGUUUCACGUGACGAGUAUCACCAACGUUAGUAAGCAAGGUAGUGGUCGCUUCUCCAUCCACUUUGGCAAGAAGCGCUUUGAAUUCAUGGCACACAACGAAGUUGUACAGGAGGGCUGGGUCACUUCUCUCCUGGCCACUCGUGGAACAGAGACCCUGCCCCCACCUGACCAUCACAGCUCUCUGAUAAUGAAGGAUCCGCGCACCAAGGUGUAUGCUGCCAUCUGUGGCCACCACCUGUGGCUCCACAACAGGAAAGAGGACUUUACCUUGGGGAUAGGGAUGACCUGUGUAUCCAUGAAUGUCGCCUCAGUCAAACAGACAGGUCGCCAUGGUUUCAGUCUUAUCACUCCAUAUAAGACUUUCAAUUUCUCAGCAGAUUCGUCUCGGGAGCUGGGAGUGUGGUUCAACUGCUUGAAUCAGGGCAUCCUCAGUGCCCUGUCCUGCAGUGAGGUGGCUCAGCGCCUGUGGGCCAGCCCCUGGAACAAAGUCUGUGGAGACUGUGGCAGUGCCAACCCAGAGUGGGCUUCUAUCAACCUGCUGCUGGUCAUCUGUGAAGGCUGUGCUGGCCAGCACAGAGCCUUAGGAACAAACAAGUCCAAAGUACGCAGUCUGAAGCUUGACAGUAAGGUGUGGACAGAACCGCUAAUAAAGCUCUUUGUAGCGUGUGGAAACAAGGCAGCCAAUGAUGUUUGGGGUUACAACAUACCUGCGGCAGAGCAGAUUCUACCAGACGCAACUCCCAUUGAAAGAGAAGCUUUCAUCAGAGCCAAAUACAUCAAAGGCCUCUACAGAAGAUCUCACCCACUGGCAUCUAACAGAAGUCUCCUGGAAGAGAGACUUUGCCAGGUGGUGUGUGGCCCAGAUGUGACAGAGACUCUCUCGCUGAUCUGCUCAGGGGCACGGGUGCUGUGCAGGACUGGCUGUGACGGACCUGUUGCACUGGCAGAGCAAGCCGGCCAAGCCUUACAAGUGGAACUCCUGAGACACAACGAAUUCUUGGAGGCUCCCAUCUUUGACCAGUUACCGACCUCAAAAGACAAUCCAGGGCUGGAAGAGCUGCAUGGGAAACUGGAGGAUGAGCGCUUCCUGUUCUCUCAGGAAAAUCAAUCAGCAGCUUGUGAUGUCUUAGACCUGAAGGAGGUCAUUGCUGUAUAUGAUCGGUCUGAGGGGUCGACUUACGAGUUUGAUGUGUUGACACUGACAGAUAAGCUUAUUUGUAAUGCAAACACACAGGACGUUCUCCUCACCCACCUACUUUACAUACUUAAGGUGGUACUCCCAACCAGUGUAGAGGAUGCGGAGGUGACUGGGCUCUUUGCAGCAUCAAGGGUAUCGGUGCUGGAGGGUCAUGGCCUCCAGCACACGGAGGCCUGGGUGGCCCUUAGGCCCGGAGAAGUUCUGGUGUUUCCCACGGACCCUCUGAAAACCAAGGAGAGGCUUGCGCUGUCUACAGACCAACGCCACAACCUUAAUUCCACUGACAACACAAUCGAGAUGGUUCUUGGGGAGAGGACAGUCACAGUGCAGUUUAUGAAACAGAGUAGCUGCACCAGCUGGUAUACUCUCCUGCAAAAGGCUGUCUCAUCCGCUCCGAGAGCGAGCCAAAGCCAGCCUCCACUCACCCCGCCUCACACAGCCUGUGACACAGUGCCCCCAUCCAUCGAGAGGUGCAUCUCCCACAUCACAAAGCACGGUCUGAAGGUGGAGGGCCUAUACAGGCGCUGUGGCAUCGCUUCUAAGGUCAGUCGGCUGGUGAAUGCUCUGAUUGCCUCUCCUGGCACGGCUGCGCUGGAGACAAACGAGCAAGGCGUUCUGGACACUGGCAGCGCGCUCAAACAGUUGAUCCGUGUGCUGGAGCUCAUCCCCCAGACGAAGAAAGACCAAUGGGUCAAAGCGGCAGCUGAACCUCAGGAGACCCUUCGGCUACAGUCCUACGGCCGGCUGGUGAAGCAGCUUCCCUCAGAGAACAGGGUCACUCUGGAGGCUCUGUGUGGACACCUCUAUCUGGUUCAGAUGCACAGCCAGGAAAACCGGAUGACGGCACAGAAUCUGGCCCUGGUAUUUGUUCCCACACUCUUCCAGGAGCUGGCCAUGAGUACGGAUAUGGUGCGGCUGACGCGAGAACUCAUCAUACACCCCGCCCUCGUCUUCCAGAGCAAUGGUGAGGAGCCUGCAGAGGAGGAGAGGGGUGAGGAGCCUGCAGCGGAGGAGAGGGGUGAGCAACGGGAAGAGGAGGAAGAGGAAAUCAUCACCGUCUUCUGAAAUGUGAUGUCCUUGUGAAUCAUCGCAGAAGCACUUUUUCCUCCAACAGUAGUUCAGGAGGACAGCAGAGGUUUUUUAUUAUUAUUUAGGAUUCAAAGAGUUGAAAAUGCUCACAAACUCACAUAAAGUUAUAUUGUCCCCGAUUUUAUUGUUACGGAGAUUCACAUGUAUGCAUGUCCUCACGCAUGCAGCUUAGAGCCUUGUCUGUAAGUGUUUGUUGUGUUUGCUGUGUUACCUGUGUACUGACCUAUACUGGCAUAUUACAUAACGCUUAAAUAAAGGACUUUUAUGGGUAA